UGGCUAGUGCGCAGGCGCGGUCCGAAGCCCUGCGGGAGCCUCUGGAGCUCACUGCGCGGGGCCGGAGCCGGGCAGGAUGAAGCUGCUGCGGAAGAGCAUCGAGAAGGACAACGCGGGGCAGGUGACGCUGAUGCCGGAGGAGCCCGAGGACAUGUGGCACGCGUACAACCUGCUGCGGCCCGGCGACAGCCUGCGUGCCUCCACCAUCCGCAAGGUGCAGACCGAGUCGGCCACGGGCAGCGUGGGCAGCAAUCGCGUGCGCACCACGCUCACGCUGUGCGUGGAGACCAUUGACUUCGACUCGCAGGCCUGCCAGCUGCGCGUCAAGGGCACCAACAUCCAGGAGAACGAGUACGUCAAGAUGGGCGCCUACCACACCAUUGAGCUAGAGCCCAACCGCCAGUUCACGCUGGCCAAGAAGCAGUGGGACAGCGUGGUGCUGGAGCGCAUCGAGCAGGCCUGCGACCCGGCCUGGAGCGCCGACGUGGCCGCCGUGGUCAUGCAGGAGGGGCUGGCCCACGUUUGCCUUGUCACACCCAGCAUGACGCUGACCCGCGCCAAGGUGGAAGUUAACAUCCCCCGCAAGCGCCGGGGCAGCUGCGCCCAACAUGACCGGGCGCUGGAGCGCUUCUACGAGCAGGUGGCGCAGGCUAUCCAGCGCCACAUCAACUUUGACGUGGUCAAGUGUGUGCUGGUGGCCAGCCCGGGCUUCGUGCGGGAGCAGUUCUGCGACUACAUGUUCCAGCAGGCCGUCAAAACUGACAACAAGCUGCUGCUGGAGAACCGGAGCAAGUUCCUGCAGGUCCACUCAUCCUCUGGACAUAAAUAUGCACUGAAGGAAGCCCUUUGUGACCCAGCAGUAGCCAAUCGUCUCUCUGACACCAAGGCAGCUGGUGAAGUCAAAGCUUUAGAUGACUUCUACAAGAUGCUACAGCAUGAGCCUGACCGGGCUUUUUAUGGUCUCAAGCAUGUGGAGAAGGCCAAUGAGGCCAUGGCUAUUGAUACUCUCUUGAUCAGUGAUGAGCUGUUCAGACACCAGGAUGUAGCUACACGUAGCCGAUAUGUGAAACUGGUAGAUAGCGUGAAAGAGAACAUGGGCACAGUGCGCAUCUUCUCUAGCCUCCAUGUGUCUGGGGAGCAGCUCGGCCAGUUGACAGGGGUGGCAGCUAUCCUCCGCUUUCCUGUUGCUGAACUCUCUGAUGAGGAGGAUGAAUCUAGCUCUGAAGAGGAUUGAUGGAGGUGGUUCCCUUUCCCCAUAGCAUAAUAAGACUGAGUGACAGUCAGAACCUUCCUUGCUCAAAUACUGUUACACAGAUGUGCCAUGCUGUGUGAUUUGCAUAUUGCAGGACUGUGUUUCUUAAAGUGUCUAGCUUUUAGUCAAUCCACUCUAACAGAUAUCCAUGUAUGUUUGCACUUCCUAUAAUAGUGUACUGUAGGUUGGAAAUGACUCUACAAACUACACCCUGGAUCUCCAGUAGCACAACAAACAUCUGAUUUUGCUUGUGAAAGCUGCUGGCUAAGUAUUUUAAAGCAUACAAGGAACUGAACAUUUUGGAGCAGGUACAAAAAAGGUUAAUAAAUUAAGAAAAAACAGUGUUAAAGUGUCACAGUUCUCAUUUAAAUUAGUGCUUGUAAACAGUGCUAUAAUUUACAGGAAGUAACUUGCUCUGUGUCUUAUUUGGAACUGGAAAUAUUAUUUUUAUUCAGAGACCUGUCCAUGUUUUCCUCUCACACACAGCGUGUUUACAGCUUGAUCAGGAACAUGGGGGGCAUGCCUAACUGUUUAAAAAAAAAAAAGAGUAAAUUAUAGAAGGGAUGAGGUGAAUAAUAAAUAUGGUUGUGACCUAUGCAAGAGUCUAGCCCUUUGUCUGAAAUUAGGUGAUGCAGUGGGAGAAGUGCUCCGUCAUAACUGAAAUUUAAAAAUAUCAGCUAAUUAAAAAACCCAAAAACUUCACAAUUUUUCCUUAAAUGUGAGGUUCAGGUCAGGUUCUGGAGCUUUGUAGGCCGCAUUUUAGAUAACUUUGAUUAUGCUACCUGGGAUCUUUAUGUGCAAGGGUGUCACCUGUGAUGUUAGUCAUGUCAUACACUCUUGCUUUAAAUGACUGUUUUUCAGUGAAUUAACAGUAGGAUAAUUUUAGGGUCUGAUUCUUCAAACGGUUACUGGCUUGAAUAAGAAUUUGCAGAAGCAGGUCCAUACUCCCUUCCCAGGAAUUAUUUUGACAACAGAUGAAUGGCCUGGAUCAUAAUUUCAUAAAAAAUCAUUCUUAGUAUAUCUACUGUUCUAAAACAGGUGCAUUUUUGCAGUUGAUAAAACCAGGAAGGUUUUAGCUUAUUUAGAAAUAUUGGCAACUGAAAAAAUAUAAUAUAAUUACUUUUCAGUUUUAUUUAAUCUAUUCAUACAUAUUUAUUAAUGAAACUCAAAAUUGAGUUCUUAGUGUUAGUAACCCUAUUUUUCGUAGCACUUACAGGUUAAAGCAGAGCUAUCCAACUCCUGCAUAGCUGGGGCUCACAGACUGCAUGCCUCUCAUGAGACCAGGCCUGUAGCACUGCCCUGAGCACCCUAUCAUACUGCGCCAUAUUCGCUUCUACUUCCCCUGCCACUACAUCACAUAGUGAAAACAACUCUGCUGCGCUGUGCCAGCACCCACUCUGCUGCACAAGAUCCCUGGGUCCCUUUGAGACUCCAGGCUACAAACUACCUUGGCUCUGUUCCCAGGGGCAGACAGUGGAAAACCAGAGGAGGGAGGACUCCAGUGAUGGCAGCAGCAGCUACAAUGGUUGAGGGGAGCAGGACCCGAAUUGAGAGUCCAGGAGCUGAAUGUGAUCCAUGGGUUACCAAUUAGACAGUACUGGGUUAUGGAGAAAAACUUAGGCAAAGGAAAUUUAAAAAAAAAGCCAAAAAACAAACCUCCCUCCCCUCACUUUCAGGUUCUGUAAUAUAAUUAACGUAGAUUUUUGUAUAAAUAAAACUUAAGGGGCUUUUUUUUAUUUGUUUUUUUUAAGGGAUGUUGACAGGAAAGACUUGGCUCGAACUCUUACUAAAUCGAGUCUUCUAAGUGAAGUAAUAGACUAGUUUUUAAAAAUUGUUUUAAGUAAUUACAGCUGUUUCUAAUCUAAGUAAAAUAUCUUCAUUUCAAAAUAGCAUUUAACCUGAACACUACUCUUUUUUU